AUGAAGAGGAAGUUUUAUUCCUUGGACGAGUGUUUGAAUCUGAGAGAAGUGAAGUCUUUGAAGAAGCUGAACCAUGCCAACGUGGUGAAACUGAUGGAAUUCAUCAGAGAGAAUGACCACCUCUUCUUUGUCUUCGAGUACAUGAGAGAAAACCUCUAUCAGCUCAUGAAAGAACGAAACAAGUUGUUCCCUGAGUCAGUCGUCAGAAACAUGACAUUUCAGAUAUUACAGGGACUGUCCAUUAUUCACAAACCUGGAUAUUUCCAUCGUGAUAUGAAGCCGGAGAAUUUGCUCUGCAUGGGCCCACAGCUGGUCAAGAUUGCAGACUUUGGCCGCAGGGAAAUCCGUUCCCAGCCACCUUACACUGAUUACGUGUCCACGAGAUGGUAUCGAGCCCCAGAGGUUCUGCUCAAGUCCAGCUCCUACAGCUCCCCCAUCGACAUCUGGGCGGUGGGCUGCAUCAUGGCGGAGCUGUACACCCUCAGACCUCUGUUCCCCGGCAACAGCGAGGUGGACGAGGUCUUCAAGAUCUGUCAGGUGCUGGGAGCGCUGAGGAAGGCGGACUGGCCUGAUGGUUACAACCUGGCCUCCUCCAUGAACUUCCGCUUCCCUAAGUGUAUCCCCACCAGCCUCAGAUCCCUGGUCCCCAACGCCAGCGCCGAGGCCAUCACGCUGAUGAAAGACAUGUUGCGGUGGGAUCCAGAGAAAAGACCAAGUGCUGCUCAGGCUCUGCGGUACCCGUACUUCCAUGUCGGCCAGGCACUUGGAGCUCCUUUAAAGUUCUCAGAGCAGCACAAGGCUCGGACGAAGAUUUCCCAGACGGCUACAGAACCAAAGCCUCUGACCCUCUGUAAGACGAACCUGGAAUCCAGCGAGCAGAGGAAGACCCGGGUGGAGCUACAGACCUCAAGACUACCUCUACACCGGCCUCUACAGGAGAUCCCUCUUCCUCAGGACAACACAGAUCCUACAGCGGGGUAGCAGCAGCCGCUAAGCCUGGUGAAGAACAAGCAACCAGGAAGCUGGCACACUCAGCGAGGGCCGGCUGCUGGAGCUGAGAACAGUGAGUCUGGAGCCAGGACCGGACGCAGACGCUGGGGUCAAACAUCGUUCAAGUCAGUCGACAGCUGGGACGGCGGUGACGACACAGACGCUGGAGUUUCCAUCUCCAAAAAAACCUCCAUAAGCUCCCUGAAGGACAGGACCCUCAAUCGACACGGCUUUCGAUUUCCAGAUUCAAAGACCAACACGGAAGUAAAGUUACCGAGCGGCAUCGGGCUAAAGAGAACGGACUCCUCCGCCUUGUCGGCCAAGCAGCACUACCUCUGUCAGUCCAGGCAUUAAUCCAAAGUGCAAUUCCUCAGGUAGAAACCUGUGGGACAACUCGUGUUUAACCAGAGGACCGGGCCUGGAACUCCCUCUUAAUAAAGACGCUGCUUUUCCCAAACUCUCAGCUAAGCAGCGUCUGAAGGAAAAGAACCUGGAGGAAGUGCAUCUUUGGAAAGACUCGUUCACGAGCAACACCAACACCCGAACCAACAAGCUGGGGCCCCUCGAAGGCGACUCUGCAAUCGAUGUCUCCUCAACUGAUUACAAAACCAAAACGUGUAAGAACAAGAUCUCCUCAAAUAAACUGGCUCUGUCAAAUGAAGAGCAUGAACGGUGGAGGAGCAGAUCUGUGAAUCCUCAGAUCUCCGGAUCCAGCAGCGGCUCCACAGUGAAGACAAACUUCUCACGGGGCCCGAACAUCCAGCCGGUGCACGGACGAGUCGACUGGGCCACCAAGUAUGGAGGCCACCGGUGGCACCAGUGAAUCCCACUGCACUUUAACCAUACAGCCAUUUUUGCAUUUUAUUCAAUAUCAUUCAGUAUUGUACAAGUGAAUGAAUGUUAGAAUAUCUGUAUUUCUUUAAAUAAUAGACAAAGAAAUUAUUUUUGUAGUGAGAGAAUGUGUUUUAUUUCAAUGCAAAAGUGCAGAUAUACAGUAUAUUUUCUUAUUAAAGUACACAACAGGUUUAAACGCAAUUAGCUGUGAUGGUUUGUGUACAAGGGAGCAAAGAUAAUCUUGAUGAGGUGAAUUUUUACAAGAAAAACUUGGACUACAACAAUUGCUGUGUAUUUUCAAAAAUAGAUAAGACUUUGAAAUGGGAAGGUUGUUGUGGAAAAAUGAUUUAUUCCAGAAAAAUUAUGUUAAAACUUAAAUUGUUCUCACACACGACUUCAAAGAGGGAAUAUAUAUGUUUUUUUUAUACACAGAAAAUCUACAUUUAAGUAUUUUCAGGAUUCGUGUGGCCUCGUCAACAUCCCAGUUAUGAUCUUCACCAGCAUCAGUCCGCUGAAAAAAUUGAUAAUGACAUUUAUAUAAGGGUCGAGGUAGAAUAAACGCCUCUUGGUUGUGUGUCUCCAGCAACCAGAGCAGUUCCAGACUAAUGAAGUCAAUGUGUCACUUGUGAAUGUUUGUACCAGAUUAAAAGAAACAGCCUCGAGGCGUUCUUGGUUCAAGUCAUUUAAAGUCUUUGAUCUUCAUGUUGUGAAUGUAGUUAAUGACCAAUCAUCAUUAUGUGUAAUGACGGUGUUUCACCUGAAUAAAGUCAUUAAACCCGCUGG